AUGGAGGGAGUGAGUAUGAUGAAAAGAAGGCAAAGAGGGCAACAACAACCUCAAGAAAAUUUUGACAACUAUGAUGAUGGUGGUGGUUAUUCGAAUGAAUGCUAUGAUGACCAAAGUGAGGAAGUCCAAUACGUCAACAACUACCAAGGGAAUAGAGGAGGAAAUUGGGGGAACAAUAAUUCGGGGAAUCAAGGAAAUUGGUACGGGAACAACAAUUGGAACAACAAAAAUAGUGGUCAAGGUGGGUGGAACAAUAAUGGUGGUCAAGUACAACUUGGGCAAAUUUCGCAAUCUCUCAACACUCGCCAAAAGGGUGCUCUACCAAGUGAUACGGUAGUGAACCCCAAGGGUGGGCACAAUAACCAUGUGAUGGCAGUGACUACAAGAAGUGGGAGAGGCGGUGAUGUGCAAGCCUCAAAAGGUAAUCGAGUUGUGGUUGAUGAAGAAGAAUUGCAAAAUGAUGAGAUGUCGUUGGUAGUUGAGAAUGUUGUUGAACCAAAUGCAAGCAAUGAUGUGAGAGUUGAAAUUGAUGAGGGUGAGGAGGAGACUCAAGAGGCCGUGAACCCGUCUAGGGAACACGUCAGUGAUAUGCCCGAACCUGUGGUGCCAAAUGCUAAUGCACCCUUGCCUAGGCCUCCUCCGCCAUAUCCUCAAAGAUCUAUGGAGUGCGAGACAAUCAAGACGACGCAUCAAGUGAGUUCCGUUGUACAUUCCAUGGCUCCAAAGCUAGAGGAUCCCGGAGCAUUCACGAUACCAUGUACCAUUGGAAGUGCCAAUUUCGCAAAAGCCCUAUGUGACUUGGGGGCGAGUAUAAAUCUAAUGCCAUAUUCGGUCUUCAAGACCUUGGGAAUCGGACAACCUCGUCCAACUUCUAUGAGGCUUCAAAUGGUGGACCGAUCAAUGAAGUGGCCUUUGGGAAUUAUCGAUGAUGUCCUUGUUCGAGUUGAUAAGUUCAUAUUGCCGGCCGACUUCGUUAUCUUGGAUUGUGAAGUGGAUUUCGAGGUGUCUAUUAUUCUGGGAAGGCCUUUCCUAGCUACGGGGAAGGCCUUUGUUGAUGUUGAAGUGGGAGAACUGACCUUCCGUGUUGGUGAUGAAAAGGUGGUGUUCCACGUGUGCAAAUCUAUGAAACAACCAAAUAGCACCGAAAUGUGCUCGUUUGUUGCCAUUGUCACUGCGGUGAUAGUGGAUGAAACAAGCGCAAUGGCGAAUGUUGAGGACCCACUUGAGGCCGUGCUCUUGAACAUGGAUGUUGAUGAUGAUGCCGAAAGGGUGGAGUGUGUGAACGCAUUGCAUGGCAUGGGCUCGUAUUCUUAUGAGCCGAGGAAGUUAUAUCUGGAUCUUAAAAAUCGCAAAACUCCACCCACCAAGCCAUCUAUUGAGGAGCCACCGGUUGACGCCACUUUGGCGGUUCUUCAAAAGCGCAAGAGGGCGAUUGGAUGGACCUUGGCCGAUAUUCGGGGCAUUAGCCCCGCGUUUUGCAUGCACAAGAUUAUACUGGAGGAGGAUGCUAGGCCUUCUCUUGAACACCAAAGGAGACUCAAUGAGGCCAUUUCAUGGACUUCUCCGGUGCAAUGUGUGCCGAAGAGGGGAGGAAUGACAGUGGUGACCAAUGACAACAAUGAGCUUAUUCCGACUCGUACUGUGACGGGUUGGAGAGUGUGUAUGGACUACCGUAAGCUGAACAAGAAAGAUGCCAAAUAUAUGUUCGAUGAGAGAUGCAUGGAGGCUUUCGAGCUUCUAAAGCAAAAGUUGACUACUACCCCCAUCAUUACCGCACCAAAUUGGAGCUUGCCCUUUGAGCUCAUGUGCGACGCUAGUGAUGUUGCGGUGAGGGCGGUUUUGGGCCAAAGAAUCAGCAAGAUGUUCCAUCCGGUGUACUACUAG